CACAACUCUCCCAGCUUAGACCUCAGAUAGAAUUAGAAGACAUGGCACCACUCCUUGCCGAGGAAGUCAUCAAGCAUUCCGCAUACAACACCAUCAAUUAUGACCUCUCCGCCACAACGUCUGGAUCAUGUAUCGUGGCGCAAACAAGGCGAGGAGGGCCCCUGAACAUCAACUAUGAGAUCCAUGGCACUGGCCCCGUGAAGCUCGUGGUAAGUAUGAACAUAUGCCAUGACCCUCAUGUGCGGUAGUACUGACAUGGGUCGCAGUGGGUAAUGGGUCUCAAUGCAACGCUUAAGGACUGGAGGCGUCAGACCAAAUACUUUGGUCAUCAGCACGCUUCGAAAUAUUCAUGUCUAGUCUUUGACAACCGUGGAGUCGGCCGGUCGGAUAAGCCGGUCGCCUAUUAUUCCACUUCGGAGAUGGCUCGAGAUGUGGUGGAGCUGGUCGCAUCGCUGGGCUGGAUCGAUCUUGCUGCUCCUCCGAAACGAUCGAUUCAUGUCAUCGGUGCUAGCAUGGGUGGCAUGAUCGCCCAAGAGAUUGGAAUGCUCAUUCCCGAUCGCUUAUUGAGCUUGACCCUCUGCUGUACCGCUCCGCGAUUGGUUCGGACAGGUCCAUUCCUCGAAAACCUGCGUGAACGGGCGGGCAUGUUCAUUCCCCGCCAUGUCGACAUAGAGCUCGAGAGGAUGGCAAGGAGUCUCUUUCCCGAAGACUUCCUCGCCGAACCCGACACGGAGUACGAGGAUCCGGCGAUGAACUUUCCGACCAAGCGUGAUCGGUUUGCUGCUAGUAUGCUGCAUAAGCGUGCGGACACCGAAGCGCAUACGAAGAAAGGAUUCAUGAUGCAGGUGUUGGCUUGCUAUUUCCAUCACAAGUCAGCGGAGCAGCUCAAAUCUCUGGGUGAUCAAGUGGGGAGGGAGCGGAUCUUCGUGUGCCAUGGCACUAGAGACUUGAUGCUGACGUUUCGUCAUGGGGAAAUAAUACGCGAGGAGAUCGGUGAUGGGAUCCAAUGGAAGGUCUUUGAAGGCAGCGGCCAUGUGCUGGGCUGGGAGAGGGAGCACGAGUUGAACAAGAUGCUUGAGGAGUUUGUGGAUAGAUGCACCUGAAGAUACCUGCUGGGGUUCUUCAAGAGAUGUUACCAUAGAUGAGUGUAUAAUAGACCCAGCUGACCUUGACUGGACUGCCAGGGUUGAUGCGUGAAUGUAAUCCUGGCUUGAAGGAACGUCGUAUUCCAGGGGCCGCGAUGCUCGUGAUCGAGGCGCCGCAGUCACCCGUUCCUCAGCCUAGGCUGACCAUUCCAGGCCCCUCCCGUCAUGAUGAUGCAU